AUGACAGGUCUGACCGAUAUCGGUCGAACCAGACCUAGUCAGAUCGAACCGGACCAGGGCGGCUUCCGCAGGGCAGCAGCUGGGACGCGAAUGGAGGAGAAGCUGGGCACUUCCGGCAAGUUCCCAAGACGGGAUACCCCCAUGGGGAACUCCUCGAGCAGGCAGGGGACACCAGAGUCAGGGAAUGGAAGUAGGGCAAGGAUCUGGGACCAUGCCAAGGCGUGA